UUUAUCGAGUAACACCACUGUAGCAACACACAAAUGUCUAUGAGUUUGACCCCGAAGCUCGUGUCCCGAGCAGGAGUGUGGUGUAGGGCCAGGCCCUUAACUUUCGGUCUUCGUCUUGCAAAUACUGUGUAAAAUGGGCACAUAAUAGAUUGAUAGUAUUUAAGUACGGAACAAUAUCGCGCUCAAGAUUGAAAAACAAGUUAAACUCAACUUUUAGUCAGGUAAAGUUAACAUUUUACUAAAACAUGGCGAAUCCAAAUCGUGAAAGUGUUAGCACUCGUUUUUCGGAUAACUACGAUUUGAAAGAAGAAUUAGGCAAAGGAGCAUUUUCAAUAGUAAGACGCGCUGUUCAAAAAUCGACUGGAUAUGAGUUCGCUGCCAAAAUAAUCAAUACUAAAAAACUCUCAGCUAGAGAUUUUCAAAAACUAGAAAGGGAAGCUCGCAUUUGCCGAAAAUUACAACAUCCUAACAUUGUUAGAUUACACGACUCUAUUCAAGAAGAACAUUUUCACUACCUCGUAUUUGACUUAGUGACUGGUGGUGAAUUAUUUGAGGACAUAGUGGCACGAGAAUUUUAUUCUGAAGCAGAUGCAUCUCACUGUAUCCAACAAAUUUUGGAAUCAGUACAUCAUUGUCACCACAAUGGAGUCGUUCACAGAGACCUGAAACCCGAAAACUUGUUACUCGCAAGCAAAGCUAAAGGGGCUGCUGUGAAAUUAGCUGAUUUCGGGUUGGCUAUUGAAGUCCAAGGUGAUCAACAAGCAUGGUUUGGAUUUGCCGGUACCCCUGGUUAUUUAUCACCAGAAGUAUUAAAAAAAGAACCUUAUGGCAAACCAGUUGAUAUAUGGGCAUGUGGUGUUAUAUUGUAUAUUUUGUUAGUGGGGUACCCACCUUUCUGGGAUGAGGAUCAGCAUCGAUUAUAUGGACAAAUUAAAGCAGGUGCUUACGAUUAUCCAUCUCCCGAAUGGGAUACUGUAACACCGGAAGCUAAAAGUUUAAUUAACCAGAUGUUGACGGUCAAUCCCAGUAAGAGAAUAACUGCUUCCGAAGCUUUGAAGCACCCUUGGAUUUGUCAUCGUGAGCGUGUUGCAUCGGUUAUGCAUAGACAGGAAACAGUGGACUGCUUGAAGAAAUUCAACGCUCGUCGUAAGUUGAAAGGCGCAAUUUUAACCACAAUGCUUGCCACUCGCAACUUUUCAGGUAAAUCUAUGGUCAAUAAGAAAGGUGAUGGUUCACAAGUGAAAGAAUCAACUGAUAGUAGUACUACAUUAGAAGAUGAUGAUUUGGACAAAGAUAAAAAGGGUGUUGACAGAGCUUGUACAGUCAUUUCGAAAGAGCACGAUGAAGAAAGUCUUACCAAAGCAGACUCAUUCGGAAAGGCUCGAGGUGAUAGUAAUGCUUCUCUGCGCAGAGCUGAGGUAAUUAAAGCUACUGAAGUUUUGAUUGAUGCUAUUAAUAACGGAGACUAUGAAACAUAUUCUAAAUUAUGUGACCCUAAUGUCACAGCAUUUGAUCCUGAUGCCCUAGGAAAUCUUAUAGAAGGCGUAGAGUUUCAUAAAUUCUUCAUCGAUAAUACUCCUACGCACGUAAAAACAAAUACUACAAUUUUAAAUCCUAGAGUACAUUUACUAGGAGAUGAUGUAGCUGUUAUAGCUUACGUGUGUGUAACGCAGAGUGUAGACGCUGAAGGGCGGCGAUCUACAAACCAGACUCAAGAAACUCGUAUAUGGCAUAAGCGCUACAACAAGUGGACUGCAGUUCACUUCCAUCGCUCCUAACUAGUCCCUUCUACAGGCUUUACAAAGCCAGUGGACCUUGGUCUCAAAAAGCAAAAUUUGUUUAAUGGUGAUGUCAUUAAAACCAUUAUAACUUUUCAUGAUUAAUAAGAGACCAUUUACAUGGAAAUCCUCAGCUAACAAAAUAUAUUAAUAUCUAAUUCUGCUAAAAAUUACACGAAUUUUACUAGUAAUUCUUUGUAAUCUCAAGGAAUUAAGUUAUUUAAUUAUAGGUAAUUAAUCAAUAUAAGUAAUUAAAAAUCUAUUUCGUUUUCCGACAAAGUAAAAUGUACUACCAUAUUUCAUGAAUGUUUUGUGGCUAAAAUGUGAUACUGAAACUAAAUAUCCAAUGCUUAAUGCUAGAUAUAGAGGAUAAAUAAAAAUGAUCUCGGCCACAAUCGAAUGUCAACGAAUAUUUAAAGCAAUCGUUGUUAAAAUUACAUUUAAAAACCUCUCAAACAACUAACAGAUCUGAUGAAAAUGAAUCUUAAUCAAUAUCAUGUAACUAAUAUAAAAUCUCCAGACAUUUUCAAGAUUUAGAAUUAUUAGCACAUUUCUCGAUAAGUCUCUCUACAUUUUUAACUAUAAAUGUUUUGUCGUGCUUAAAAUGGUGUUCUAUUUGUUAUUGAAUACCUAGUUAGUAAGAUUGAAGUACCUGCAGUUAUUGGCACUACAUAUCCCACUAAAUCUUGUGUCCUUGUAAUUUUAAAUACGUUUACUCUAAAAAUGUGUAUAAUUUGUAACUUAAUUUCAAAUUUAUAGACUAAUUAGGGUCUACUAGUAUUGAUUUACUAAUGUUUUAAGCAAAUUAUAUCAAUUUGGUCAAUUUUAGAUUUAAAAUAUUGUUAACUUUACUGUACUUUUGCUUUAAUAAUCGAACAAGUUUUUUAUAGUUUGCAAAAAUUAAAGUUCGUUGUUCAUAUCAUUUGAAAUUCAAUAUAAUAUAAUAUAACAAUUCUAGAGUGAUAACUGUGCAAGGUAUGGAGUGCUGUUUCUAAAUUUACGAGAGGAGCUUUGUAGGGUGAUAGUAUAUGUAAUGAGUACCUAAUAGUAAUUGUUGCACAGUUUCACUUAAGAAACGUUCUAAAUUUAAGUCUGUGGGAAAAUUCAGUAUUUUCUAGAAAUAAAAUUAGAUAUAUUACAUUAACCAAUGUUUUUACAUUUUUGUAAAUCGUAGCAUAGUUAGCAAACCUAAUUUUUAAACGUAUACUUACUUCAGAAAGUGAUUGGAGUUGUAAUAUAAAAUUACAUGACAUUGUAAUUAUGGUGAUAUCUCCACUGUAAAAAUUACAUAGUUGUGCCAUUAUCACUGAAAUUAGUGCCAAUAACUGUACAACAUAAAAUGUAUUCUAGUCUUUAUUGUUACGCAUAUUAGUAUUUAAUCGAUGUGUUAAUUAAUUUUGAAAAUUAUACAUACCUAAAUAAAUACAUAUGUGUAAAUAGAUAUGAUUUGCACAUCAUAAUAGGUUAAACAGUAUGUAUCAUCUAAAAUUAUUUUCUAUUUUAUUUUUUUUUACAUUUUACGUCUUUUUUAAGUCUUUAUACUUGUUAACUUUUAAUUUAUUUUGUUAUGAAAUAUGUCACGACUUUACCUUAAAUUUACCGAAAUAAACAUCACUUAUAUUUUGUACUUCGUAAAUAAGUAAUUAAAACAA